GCCGUAGGAUUUUAUAAAAUGUUCAAGUUAGAUAAAUCAGAUUUUGGUCGGUAAAAUGGAUUGUGACGUCAGGGUUUAAAACCCCCAGGGGAGCGAGAGCAAGGUUGGAGUAUCGUAUGUAAGCUAUUCGCCCACGGUAAAGUCGGCAGUAGGCGAAGAAGAGCGAGCACGAGAGACGCACCACCCACCAAGCUAAAUAACAUUCUUAUUCCCUAUUGAUCAGGGCAUGACUCCUCAAAUAUCACCCUAGUGAGGCGUGAACAGCAAGAGCGGUGAUAUGGCCUAUAUCCAGAUACCCGAUGAUGAGAAGGGGUAUAAAUUGGACCUCUUCUGUGUCCCCAAACACUAUGAGGAGGAUUUAGACCAGGUUAUCAUCCCCCAUGGACUGAUCAUGGACAGGACUGAGCGCCUGGCUCGUGAUAUAGUCCGGGACAUGGGGGGACACCAUAUAGUAGCACUGUGUGUUCUCAAAGGAGGUUAUACAUUCUUUUCUGACCUGCUGGACUACAUCAAGGCCCUAAAUCAGAACAGCGAUAAGUCUGUCCCGUUGACUGUGGAUUUCAUUAGGCUAAAGAGCUAUUGCAAUGACCAGUCUACAAACAUUGUCAAAGUUAUCGAAGGGGACGAGCUCUCAACUCUAACCGGGAAGAAUGUUUUGAUAGUUGAGGACAUUGUGGAGACUGGGAGGACUAUGGAGACACUGCUAUCACUGCUGAGUGAAUGCAAUCCAAAGAUGGUCAAAGUCGUCAGCCUUCUAGUCAAGAGAACACCAAGGAGCUCAGGAUACAGACCAGACUACAUGGGGUUUGAGGUGCCAGAUUGGUUUCUGGUGGGAUAUGCCCUGGACUACAAUGAGUACUUCAGAGAUCUCAGUCACAUCUGUAUACUGAACGAGAAAGCAAAGGAAAAGUACAAAGUGUAAGCUGAGGCGAUGGACAGAUGGAUGACGAGAGACUCGGACCACUGUGAUGAUCCUGAGCUUUUUAGGGUUCUGAACCUUAUUUAUCUGUGUAUGAAACCUAUUGUGAAUUCAGUUUGCAAGAUACUAUUUGAGAAAACAAAUGUAUUGAAUUCAUAUUUUUGUUCCCCAAGAAGUGUAACAGUAUAAUUUUAGACCGUCCCUUCGACCAUACCCGGGCGCGAACUAGGGACCCUCUGCACACAUCAACAACAGUCACCCACGAAGCAUCGUUACCCAUCGCUCCACAAAAGCCACGGCCCUUGCAGAGCAAGGGGAACUACUACUUCAAGGUCUCAGAGCAAGUGACGUCACCGAUUGAAACGCUAUUUAGCGCGCACCGCUAACUAAGCUAGCCUUUUCACAUCCAUUACAGAAGCAAUGGGAUGAGUUAUGUGUUUUAAGUAGAGGAUUCGUGUAAAGAUAGUUAUGGGAGUACACUUUUUAUUUAGAUUUGUUAUUCUAUAUAAUAUCGGGGCCUUGGAUGCCUCUCAUCUGAUUUCUGUUAGUAAGGAUGGAUUUUGUUAUGUUGCUUAAUACAAUCCACAGGAUCUCAGGCGACUGGACAUAUCCACAGUAAAGUCAUGUACUGCAUUGUACAAACCAGUGACGCUGUUUAGCUCAUAUGCCUAGCCCAUGCAAAGACAAGCCUGGAAUGUAAUGUAAUAAUUUUGUUUAAUAAUGGCAAUGUUUUUAUUCACAUUAACAAUCCUAUUUUAAUAUUGCUGUGAAUCUUACAUUUUUGUGUUAGAGAGAGAUGCCUUCCAUGAAUUGACUUUAAAGAAAAGAGAAAUCCGCACACUUGUUUUUUCAUUUUUCUUGAAGCAUUUAAGGCCAAGACGCUGACAUGCAGUUGAAGUCGGAAGUUUACAUACACUUAUGUUGGAGUCAUGAAAACAUGUUUUUCAAGAUCAUGAGGAAGGAAAAUGAUGUGGAUAUAUUGAAUCAACGUCUCAAGACAUCAGUCAGGAAGUUGAAGCUUGGUCGCAAAUGGGUCUUUCAAAUGGACUAUGACCCCAAGCAUACUUCCAAAAUUGUAGCAAAAUGGCUUAAGGACAACAAAGUCAAGGUAUUGGAGUGGCCAUCACAAAGCCCUGCUCUGUCAGGAGGAAUGGGACAAAAUUCACCCAACUUAUUGUGGGAAGCUUGUGGAAGGCUACCCAUAACAUUUGACCCAAGUUAAACCAUGUAAAGGCAAUGCUACCAAAUACUAAUUGAGUGUAUGUGAACUUCUGACCCACUGGGAAAUAAAAGAAAGAAAUAAAAGCUGAAAUCAUUCUCUAUUAUUCUGGCAUUUCACAUCCUUAAAAUAAAGUGGUGAUCCUAACUGA